GCGCCCACGACGCGUCGAAACGCGACCGCCGAAAUGGUACGAUGCACGCGUUGGCGCCCACCCGCCAGCGCCGCUAUAUUUCUCAGGCAACACUGUUCUCUGUCAGCGCGUGCCACGUCCUCGACUACCCAUGGCCUCGAAGACGAAAUCGCGGUCGACUUCAGCAGCGCAGCCCGAGGGUGGCGCGUUCACCUGGGCGACGAAAUGGUUCGUGCGCAUGGCGUGGCUGACGGCCGCAUGGGCGGUGUGCAAGGGCUUGGAUGCGGUUAAGGACCGUUGGUACGUGCUCGACCCAACGAGCCUACACGAACUCGCACAAGCCGCCGUCGCCUCCGCCCCCGAGCCGAACGACAUCAACUACAUGAUCGACUACAUCGUCACGAACCUCACCUCGACGUACGGGUCCUCGCAGAUCGCGCUCAACACGAACUCGUCCGAGUGGGUGCUCAGCAACGCGGGCGGCGCGAUGGGCGCGAUGUACAUCAUCCACGCGAGCGUCACGGAAUACCUGAUCGUGUUCGGGACGCCGCUCGGCACGGAGGGCCACACCGGCAUGCACACCGCCGACGACUACUUCAACAUCCUCGUCGGCGAGCAGUGGGCGUUCGCCCCGCCCUCGCUCGAGAUGGAGCGCUACCCCGCUGGCAGCGUGCACCACCUCCCGCGCGGCCACGUCAAGCAGUACAAGAUGCACGAGGGCUGCUAUGCGCUCGAGUAUGCGAGAGGAUGGAUCCCACUCAUGCUGCCAUUUGGCCUUGCGGAUGUCUUCACGUCAACGCUGGACGUAUGGUCCCUGUACCACACCGUUCGCAUCACCGCGCGCGAGAUGUUCAGAAACUUCUUCAUCGGCAAGGUCUAGACGCGCAAGAGUAAUAUACAUACGGAAGCAUCUACAUGGCUAAUUUGUUCUCGGCGUCGCUCUGCAUAUCGUUGUACACCUGAGUCUUGACCUGCGAGAGACGCGUAAGAAACCGCGACACGGAUCAGCUUGUGGGUCGUCGAGA